AUGCUUCCGACCACGGCGACCGCCUCAACGCCUCCGCCGCCACCGGCCCCGCCGCCUGGCGAGCCGCACGCUGCCCUGUUCCUCGCCCUGGGCUACAUGCGGCUGCCUGAGCUGCUAGCCUGCUGGCGCGUAUGCCGCCUCCUCGGCGAGGCCGUCGCGGGGGACCCCCUCCUGUGGCGCCGCCUCGCGGUAGAGCCGCCGCUCAGCGGCCGGGUGACCGACCAAGUCCUCCUCAAGCUGACUGCGAGGGCGGAGGGGACGCUGCGGUCUCUCCGCCUGUUCGGGUGCCUCCACGUUUCCGACACCGGCCUGCUCCGCGUCGUCGAGCACAAUCCCUGCGUCACCGAGAUUUAUGUUCCUGGAUGUACAGGCUUGACUGGUGAUGGGGUGGUGAACAUUGUUCAGCUUCUGCACGAACACAAGGGAAAUAUAAGUCGUCUCCGACUCGAUGGCAUUAGCAGGAUGAGUAAGCAUCAUCUUGAUAUUAUCAUGUCUCUCAUGUGCAAAGGAAACCCACAAGGGCAACAAGAUGGAAUCCCACUUUUCUACAACCAUAGAGCCCGUGAAGCGCUGAACACCAAUGAUGAACGCCCUAUUGAUGUUGAUGUUUGCUCAGUGUGUGCGAAUGUCAGGCUUGUGUUUGAUUGUACGAGGGAUGACUGUAGGAAAGUGAGGGACAGCUUGUGGCGGUGCCGAGGCUGCUACUUCUGCUUUCCUAGAUGCGAAAAAUGUGGUGGCUGUAUCAGUCCGGAGGAUCUAGUCGAGGCUGAUCUUGCUUGUUCAGAUCUUAUGUGCUUGGAUUGUUGGCUUACGGUCCCUAAAUGCAGCACAUGCAAUCGGCCUUACUGUGAGAGGCAUGAAAAUUUGAUGGUGUCCUUGUCGAUGGCUGGCCAGUUUUCAUGCCAGCGUUGCAAGGAGCUCGGCUCAUCACACGAGAGUCAGGAAGAUGACUAUUAG